CAUAAAAUACCCCAGCGUUUUAUUGUAAAAAACAACUGAGGUAAGCUUUGAAAGGUUGGUUAGAGGUGUGCCCACACCAAUAGAGAUGGAGAUAAAAAAUAACUGGAAAGUGAUGUGAAAUUUUGCGACAGUGGUCAUAUGACUCCUAUGUUACGCUAUUUCAUGUUAAUAAAGUGACCAGAUAUUGACUGCUUUCAGAUGUUUUGUUUCCUUAUCAUUAUCCCUGAUAUUUGCCUUUUUGUUCGUCGUCAAUCUUUUUAAAAGUCUUUGUUAAAUGAUUUUUUUCCACGAGAGGUACUUACGGAUAAAUUUCAAGAGAUAGGCUUUGUAUCGUGGCUUUUUUUAUCUUCUUCACUUCAAAGUUUUGGCUUUUGUAUCAUUUCGCACAACGCUUGUGACGUCAUAUAAAGCAAUAUGGCGGACGAUAAGAAAAGCGAAGAUGACAGCAUUAGUAUGUCGAUGCGCGUUACUCUGUUUGGCAUAAGAAAAGCAUUUCCGAAAGUGAAGCAACUUGAAACAGAAGAUUUGGAAAAUCUAAUUAAAGAAAACUGCAGAAAUCUUAUACUGCUGGAUGUACGAAGGAAAGAGGAGUAUGCUGUUAGUCAUUUACCUGGAUCUAUACAUAUUGAUCCUGACGAGACAGCAGAAGCUGUUUUUGGAAAGGUCAAACCAAUUCUUGAUGAUUGUGAAAAUGGAAAAGUAAUUAUUGUAUGUUAUUGUUCGUUGGGAUACCGCUCUUCCUUGAUGGCUCAAAAACUCUAUCCCCACUGUAAAUUGCUUGCUGAAGCACAAAAAAUCAGCUUCAUGCCAGUGAUACAAAACCUUGAAGGAUCAAUAUUUAAAUGGGCAAACGAGGGAAGAGAAAUGAUUGACAAUGAAAAUAGGAAAACCAAAUGUUGUCAUCCUAAUAGUUUUCUAUGGGGAAAAUUGUUAAAAAGUGAACUGAAAAUGUACGAGACUCAAUCAAACAAUGAACACAAAUCUUCAAUGCUUUGAUAUAAUUUUAGGUUUAUACAGAUUGACUGUAAAAUACUUGUAGGCUCAUAAAUUUUCAUAUUUGUUUAGCUUUCA